AUGGUUGGCUUGACACUUGCUGGAUUAGGAUACCUAUCCAACAUUAUUGUUUAUCUUAUUGAAGAAUUUAACUUCGAGAGCAUCAAUGCUGCUCAGGUUUCAAAUGUGGUUACUGGAGGCAACAAUGUAUUUCCUAUUGUUGGAGCCAUACUAGCUGAUUCUUUCUUGGGAUACUUCUCCGCUGUCGCUAUAUCUUCUUGUGUCUCUUUUCUGGGACUGGUUCUUUUGGUCUUAACUGCACUACUUCACUCACUGAGGCCUGCACCUUGUGAGAUAGGGUCAAGAUCUCAAUAUACUUUAGCAACAAUGGGAGCAAACCAAUUCAAUAAACCUGAGCAUCAGAAUACUUUCUUCAUCUGGUUUUUCUUCACUCUGUAUUCUUCUUCUGUUGUUGGUGCAACAGCAAUCGUCAUCAUAGAGGAAGAUGCUAGUUGGGCGCUAGGAUUUGGCAUAUGUCUUGCUGCAAAUUUCAUCGGACUAGUCAUUUUUCUGCUUGGAAAUCGAUAUUAUCGAAAUGAUAAGCCGGAAGGAAGUCCAUUUACAGGCUUAGCUCUUGUAGCGGUUGCUACUAUUAACAAGAGGAACGUCCUGUUAUCAUCUAGGAGCGAGGACUAUUACCAUGAGAAAGAUGCAAAGGAAAAAGAGGCAGCUGCUUCAGUGCUGACAAAGAGCUUCAGGUUUGAAGCUGGAUUUACUGGGUUUUUCUGUUACAUUAAUUACUUUUAUUUUAUACACAAUUUUCUUUCAAAAUGA